CUUUUUCAGUAUGUCUAAAAAGAAAGUGAGCUUGAUCAACAAAGGUCCCCAUGUGAGUUCUCAUGAACAUUUGACUCUCAAUUUUGUCUCUCAAAUUCAUUAUCAUCAUCAAUCUAUUUCGACAUUGCAGGUUAUACUCAACAAUGGAUAUGUGAAACUAACGAUAUCAAAGCCACAAGGAUACUUAAGUGGGAUUACUUAUGGAGGAAUGGACAAUGUUUUGGACCCCAAUUCAAAUGAAGCCAGUAGAGGAUAUUGGGAUGCUAAUUGGAGUUGGCCUGGUGGUCAAGACAGAUAUAAGUUAUUGAGUGGAGCUGAAUAUAGUGUUGUCAAAAUGAGCAAUGACCAGAUAGAAGUUUCAUUCAGGAAUAUAUACGAUCCAUCUACCAAGGGAAACAAUUUGCCACUUAGUGUGGACAUAAGGUACAUAUUGAAGACUGGUGUUUCGGGUUUCCAUUGCUACGCAAUAUAUGAGCGGCCUUCAGGCAGCCGUGCCUUUGACCUUGCUCAGACAAGGAUGGCUUUUAAGCUGACACCAGAAAAGUUCCACUACAUGGCUAUUUCUGAUGAGAAACAAAGAGUAAUGCCAAUGCCACAAGAUCUGCUUCCAGACAGAGGCAAAGUGCUAAUUGUACCAGAAUCAGUUUUGUUAGUUGAUCCCAUUAAUCCAGAUCUCAAAGGCGAGGUUGAUGAUAAGUAUCAGUAUUCAAUGGACAACAAAGAUGGUGGAGUUCAUGGAUGGAUAAGUUCUCGCCCUGUUAUAGGUUUUUGGGUUAUCUUUCCCAGCAAUGAAUUUCGUAAUGGUGGUCCAACAAAGCAAAAUCUCACAGCACACACCGGUCCAACAUGUCUUGCGAUGUUGCAUGGAACUCAUUAUAUUGGAGAAGACAUAUUAGCUCAUUUUGAAGAGGGAGAGACAUGGAGAAAGGUUUUUGGUCCUUUCUUUGUAUACCUCAAUUCAACCUCAGAUGUAUCAAAUGCACACAACCUAUGGUUAGAUGCCAAAAAACAGAGGCUGUUAGAAGAGAUGGCUUGGCCUUACGAUUUUGUCUCGUCGCCAUACUAUCUUAAUGCUAAUGAGCGUGGUUCAGUUUCAGGAAAACUUCUUGUCCAAGACAGGUAUAUUUCUGAAUCUCUGAUACCUGCCAAAAAUGCAUAUGUUGGACUAUCAACUGCAACAACCGAAGGAUCCUGGCAAACAGAAAGCAAAGGUUACCAGUUUUGGGUGCAAACUGAUUCAUAUGGAAACUUCACUAUAAAGAAUGUCAUCCCUGGUGCGUAUGGGCUUCAUGGAUGGAUUCCCGGUUUCAUUGGAGAUUACCUUGACAAAGCAAUCAUUACUGUCUCAGCUGGUUCACACUCAGAACUUGGCAAUCUGACCUAUGUUCCUCUAAGAGAAGGUCCAACCAUAUGGGAUAUUGGCUUCCCUGACCGUACAGCCAUUGGUUACUACGUUCCUGAUGUCAACCCAAUGUAUGUCAACAAGCUAUUUCUCAACUCCCCUGAAAAGUUUAGGCAAUAUGGGUUGUGGGAUAGAUACUCUGAUAUUCAUCCUGAAUUUGACCAAACUUUUACUAUAGGCAUCAAUGAUCCAAAGAAAGACUGGUUCUUUGCUCAUGUUGACAGGAGAGACGCGGAUAAUAAGUACAUACCUUCAACAUGGACAAUCAAGUUUAACCUCAAAUCAGUCAACAUAGGAACUCACAAGCUUAGGCUGGCCAUUGCAUCAGCAACUCGUUCAAAUCUCAAGGUUUAUGUCAAUAAGAUAGAUGAAGCCCAUGAGGUGUUUCAAGUGCUGCAGUUAGGUGCAGAUAACACAGUUUGUAGACAUGGCAUACAUGGUCUAUAUCGGUUGUUUAGCAUUGAUAUACUAUCUACAUUGCUGAUGAGGGGAGACAACUCUUUAUAUCUAGCACAGGCCAAGGGUGGAGAUUCACUUUGUGGAAUGCUCUAUGAUUAUUUAAGGCUUGAAGGCCCUGCAUCUUCAGAGACAUGACUAAUAAAGGACUUGUUGUAUCAUUUGAAUUAAGACAAUUUUAUUAGUUUUGGUAUGUAAUAUAAUUUGACUUCUGAGUUCUGACUUUUGAUUACUCAACUAUUGUCUUGCUUUGCCUUUGCUAU